UGUCUACUCUGGCUUUCAGCGCGCUCGAUCUUACCGCCACAGAAUCCGAAAAUUCUAAUCGCCAUUGACAUAUUCCUCCGACCUCUGACCUAAUCUCACAUUCUCAUGGAUUCUUGAUCAGAGUUAUCGGUACGAGCUGAAACAAUUUGGUCAUAUGAGUUUCUUGGUUUGUUCAAUUGAGUCUCAAAUCGUUAAGUCAGAUGUACCAGCUAUCGCAUGUUUCUUCCCAGAAAGAUAUCUUUGGCAGAUUCCAAGAGGGUCGUUGGACAAGAUCGAGUGCUUUGAUUAGAAGAUUAGAAGUGCUGUUUUUCGUGUUAGUUGGAUUUCAAAGUUUGCAAAAGGAGGACAAGGAUCAUCAUGGCCGAAAAAGAGGAACUUAUUGAGCUUAGGUUCCGCAUUUUUGAUGGAACAGAUAUAGGCCAUAGUACUUAUGCCCCGUCUACAACAAUUGCAUCUCUUAAGCAAAGACUUGUAGCCGAGUGGCCUCAAGGCAAAACAAUCGUACCAAAGUCAGUAAAUGAUGUAAAACUCAUACAUGCUGGUAGAGUUUUAGAGAACAGGAAGACACUCGCUGACUUUAAAAUAACAUUUGGUAACCCAGCUGGUGAAGUCAUUACCAUGCACGUUGUUGUACAGCCUACAAUAACUAAAAAGAAGACAGGUAAAAACCAGGACGAGAUGCAAAAGAUGAAUUCAUGUUCAUGUACAAUCCUUUAAUAUUUUCUGGCUGUUAUUGCCAACAGACUGCAAUUUUUUCGAAACUGUACCACCAUUGUGGUUUUCCCUCAUGAUGCAACGGCAACAAUAAUGAUCUAAGCGCCGGCUCUAUUCACAUGUUAGUCGCUUUACUGUUACUCAAUUCAUUCAUGUUUAGUUUCUCCUGUAUGUUGGCUGUGUUCUGUAGAAGCUAGCAGAAUUCUCUUACCUUUAGUUUGAUAGUGUGAGAGAGCUUAUUUGAUUCU